AAGGAAAAUGUGGCAUAAGGCACUCCAAAAGACCCUUGCGAGUGUGUAAUAUCGAUGACCCAUCCCACGAUCCAAACUUAAGCAAAAAAAUGCGCAGUGUAACAGCAACACUUUCAACACAACAACACUGUUUCCACUACCACACGCAAACCACCUUCCUCACUACUACCCUUAUCCCAAUCCAAUCCCUCUCCUUCCGCACUCCCAAUCACAACUUCAGACUCCUCUGUUUCUCUUCAAACCCCUCGCCACCACCGCCGCCGCUGGUGGUCGUCGGCUCCGCCAACGCAGACAUCUACGUCGAGAUCGACCGCCUACCGCGCGAAGGCGAGACUCUCGCGGCGAGGUCCGGCCAGACGCUCGCCGGCGGGAAGGGCGCCAACCAGGCCACGUGCUCCGCCAAGCUCAACUACCCGACUUACUUCGUCGGACAGGUCGGGGAUGAUGCCUACGGAAGCCUCGUCACUGACGCGCUCCGCAGCGGGGGAGUUCGCCUCGACGGUCUCACGGUAGUUCCGUCGGCGUCCACGGGUCAAGCCGUUGUGAUGCUCCAAUCCAACGGCCAGAACUCCAUCAUAUACAUUGGUGGUGCUAACUUGAGUUGGCACAGAUUUCUGCCACGUCAGCAUUUGGACCUCGUGGCCCAAGCUGGCAUCGUUUUAUUGCAGAGGGAGAUUCCCGAUUUUGUCAACACUCAAGUGGCGCAGGCUGCAAGGAAUGCUGGUGUGCCGGUCGUGUUGGACGCUGGAGGAAUGGAUGGGCCACUUGCGCCGGAAUUAUUGAACUUUGUUGAUAUUUUGAGUCCUAAUGAAACUGAACUUGGUCGCCUUACGGGAAUGCCAACGGAAAGUUUUGAAGAGAUUGCACGAGCUGCUUUGAAAUGCCAUCAAUUAGGAGCUAAGAAAGUUCUUGCGAAACUUGGCCACAAAGGAUCUGCUCUUUUUGUAGAAGGAGAAAACCCGAUUCAGCAGCCUGCCAUACUUUCUAAAACAGUCAUUGAUACAACUGGUGCCGGUGAUACUUUUACUUCUGCUUUUGCUGUAGCUUUAGUAGAGGGCAAGUCCUACAGGGAAUGCCUAAGGUUUGCCGCUGCUGCAGCUUGUCUUUGUGUUCAAGUGAAGGGAGCUUCUCCCAGCAUGCCUGAUAGGAUAUCUGUUAUGGAUCUUCUCAAUUGUCAAUGAGAAAUUUUUCGAACAGGUCAAUCUUCACUGAAACCAGUUUAACAUUUGUUUCAUUUCUCUGGAUUUACUAUCUUAUAUUUUAGAUAAGAAAAGCCAUAAUGCAGACUUCUAGAGAAAGUUCCUUGUAUCCAUAUCUCUAUAUGCUAUGUUUUUGGUGGUC